AUGGAAAAGGAAAGAAAUAAGAUAAAAAGCAAAACUUUUUCAGGCGAAGACAUAAAUAUUACUAUUCCUGGUUAUGAAACUCUCGCAGGUGAUGAAUUGCGUUCAUUUAACUCGUCAUCUAUUAAUCCAAGCUUUUUAUUACCAUCAAUCACUGCAGAAUACAAAAAAACAGUAUUAGGUGUUGGAAAUUUCGAUGAGCCUAAAGUAUCAAACCUUAAAAGUCUUGAUAAAAAUUAUUGUACAACAAAAUCGUUAUUAGAAUAUAUAGAAUCAUUAAAUCAGAAAGCACUCUUUGGUAACGAUGGAUCGUCAUUCCCAUCGCAUGAACCUAGUGUUUAUGGCGAUAUUUACGAAAAAGCAAUUACAGAAUUGAAUUUAUAA